AUGCAACAUACAUUAUUUUUAUCAACUACGAUCCUCCUACUCGUUGGAUUUAUCUUUCUUUCUUUUUCUUUGUGGAUCGAAGCCAUUCUUCUCUAUCCCUCUGGUUCCGUAUUUCAGGUUAAAUCUACGAUCGUCGUUGCCAGGCACGUUAGAGAUCUCGAUCUUCGAGACACCUACUCAACAAUUGAAAAUUUGUUGGAGGAAUAUGGCUGGGGAAAUGGAAGAGAAUGCCUUUUAAGGAGUAUUUGCGAACUCGCGGAAGUUCCGCUUCUCAGGAGAGAACAGGAUAUCGUCGAAGAAGCGAUACAUUUAAUUUUAACACCGACUGAGGACUUGGCAACCUCAGUUAAUUCCACUCAUCGGAGCGUUGAGGAGUCGUACAGGGAAGCUGAACGAUUGGGGAAGUCUGGCGUUGACUGUACGCUAACGUAUCCCGAUUGCAUCGAAUCACCUCUGAAAUCAUUCACCGAGAUCUUAUUUCCUUAG